AUGGCAGUUUCUGCCGUCCUCAACUACGUAGCCUUGCCGUUUCGAACCCGUAAGACCAGCAAGGCCUCAGUCAAUAAGACAAAAAAGGGGCUCCGCCAAACACCAGCAUACACACCCGAAGAGAUGUUAUUCACCUGGUACCACCGGACCGAUUUGAAGUUAGAUUGGGAUGUGGUGGAGUAUCUGUACAACAAGUGCUUCAACCGAUGGCCGCGGCAGAAGGGGGGACUGCAGUGUAAAUUUUAUCGUUACAUUGCCGAUUGGGGUGUGGCCCGUGUUCGGGUGCAGAAAAGAACCUCGCAAAUUCGGAAAACGGUGUCCGAUACAGACCAUGAUUUGUGGACUGCAGAAUUUGGUGUUACCAAAUGUACCGACCACAUCUUCGGUUGGAUGCUGCCGGAGCAUCGACUUCGCCAGGUGAGAUCGGGGAAAGACGCCAGGCUGGCACCACCAUGGAGAUCUCACAACGCAAAGAUGAGAGGCGUCAAGCAGGCGCAGGGCAAGAAAGAAUCUCGUCUUUGA